ACCUUUUUCUUUUUCAACCCCUUUGUUUUUUUCCAUUUUUCGGUUUUAUCUCGCAACUUUUUCAUAAUCCCAAUCUUCUCCUUCACCAACCCUCUCCUCCAUCCUUACCCACCAAGCAUCUCUAUAUCAGAAUCUGCAAUUUUCCUCUUCAUUUCUCAGGGGGAACUUCAAUCUUCCAAAACAGAGUCAGAGCUCCAUAAUCACUGUCAUCAUUUCUCUGCAACUUAUUACAAUGGAAACCCAAGUCUUAAAGCAACAAGAAGAGCUCAUAUUUCGCUCCAAGCUUCCUGACAUCUAUAUCCCCAAGCACCUUCCUUUACAUUCCUACAUAUUUGAGAAUAUUUCUAGCCAUUCUUCAAAGCCCUGUUUGAUUAAUGGCGUCACCGGCAAUGUUUACACCUACUCUGAGGUGGAGCUCACCGCACGCAGAGUCGCCUCCGGGCUUAACAACCUCGGUAUUAAACAAGGGGAAGUUAUAAUGCUUUUGUUGCAUAACUCACCGGAGUUUGUUCUUUCCUUUCUUGGAGCUUCCUUUCGUGGAGCCAUUGCCACCGCUGCUAAUCCUUUCUUUACUCCGGCUGAGAUAGCCAAGCAAGCUAAGGGGUCUAACACGAAACUCAUAAUCACACAGGCUGCUUACGCUGAGAAAGUCAAGGAUUUAGCCAAUGAUUACGGUAUUAAAAUCUUGUGUAUCGACUCUGCCCCUGACGGUUGCUUGCACUUCUCGGAGCUAUCAGAGGCCGAUGAGAGAGACAUGCCCGACGUUGACAUUAGCCCUGAAGAUGUCGUGGCGCUGCCUUAUUCGUCGGGGACGACCGGACUGCCAAAAGGAGUGAUGUUAACCCACAAGGGGCUGGUCACCAGUGUGGCUCAGCAAGUUGACGGAGAAAAUCCCAAUUUGUAUUUUCAUAGCGACGAUGUGAUUCUAUGUGUGCUUCCCAUGUUCCAUAUCUAUGCUCUGAACUCGAUAAUGCUUUGUGGGUUGCGAGUUGGGGCGGCCAUUUUGAUUAUGCCAAAGUUUGAGAUUGGUGCUCUGUUGCAGCUGAUACAAAAGUACAAGAUCACUGUUGCUCCGAUUGUGCCGCCGAUCGUUUUGGCCAUCGCUAAGUCACCGGACACCGAAAAGUAUGAUUUGUCGUCGAUAAGGAUGCUCAAGUCAGGCGCAGCACCCCUAGGGAAGGAGCUUGAAGAUACUGUAAGAGCAAAGUUUCCUCAAGCUACACUUGGUCAGGGAUAUGGGAUGACAGAAGCAGGGCCUGUGCUCGCUAUGUGCUUGGCAUUUGCCAAGGAGCCUUUCAACAUAAAACCAGGAGCUUGUGGAACUGUAGUAAGGAAUGCCGAAAUGAAAAUUGUUGACCCUGAAACCGGAGACUCUCUCCCAAGGAACCAGCCUGGAGAAAUUUGCAUCCGAGGAGAUCAAAUCAUGAAAGGAUAUCUUAAUGAUCCUGAGGCCACAGCAAGAACCAUAGAUAAACAAGGAUGGCUGCACACAGGCGAUAUUGGUUAUAUUGAUGAUGAUGAUGAGCUCUUUAUUGUCGAUAGAUUGAAGGAAAUAAUCAAGUACAAAGGAUUUCAAGUUGCCCCUGCCGAAAUUGAAGCCUUGUUGCUGGCUCAUCCUGAAAUAUCUGAUGCUGCCGUAGUUGGGAUGAAAGAUGAGAGUGCUGGAGAAGUCCCGGUUGCAUUUGUAGUAAGAUCAGGCAAAUCAGAAAUCACUCAAGACGAAAUCAAGCAGUAUAUUUCCAAACAGGUGGUGUUUUAUAAAAGAAUAGGACGUGUAUUCUUCAUGGAAGCCAUUCCAAAGGCACCAUCAGGGAAGAUCUUAAGGAAAAACCUGAGAGAAAAAUUGGCAACUGAUUUUCAAAAAUGAACUUGAAGAUAACUUCCCUCUGUUUUAAAAUUGGAGGGGAACGUCUACACUUGAUUCCUGGGUUCUACUUAUAAAAUGCUGGUGUAAUUAAAUACAAGUUCUUCUAUGUAUUUUUAUUUAUAUUUUGGUAAAAAAAAAAAAAACAAUUUCUUGUGAAUUACGUCAUUAUUAAUAUUAUUUUGUUUGUUGUAUUAAAAAAAGCUUGCCUUUUCCUUUGAC